AUGAUUUUCAUUUUUUCCCUCUUUGUUGUCAAUGAUAUUGACAGUAGUUGUUAUUCAAGUGAUGGUAAAACUCUUAACAAAGUCUCUGACAAUUCAUCCGAACUCAGAAUUUCUGCACGAUGUGAAACAAUUAGUGAUAAUUGCUUUAAAGGUCUUAAAAGUUUAAUUUCAUUUUAUUUUGAAGACAAUCCAAAUUUAACAAGUAUUGGUGUAAAUGCUUUCAGAGAAUGCUCAAAUCUUCAAUCAAUCAAUUUAUCAUCUUGUACAAAAUUAAAAACAAUUGGACAAGAUGCUUUUUAUGAAUGUAAAUUAGUUUCACAAAUUGAUUUACCAAAAGGACUUCAAGAGAUUGGAUGGGGUGCUUUUAAUUAUAAUGAAAAAAUUACAAGUAUUUUCAUCCCAGCAUCUGUCAAAACACUUGGUGAGUUUGCAUUUUCUAGUUGCUCUAUGCUGACAGAUGUUUCGUUUGAACCAGGUUCAUCUUUGACAAAAUUAGAAUUAUGGACUUUUGCUUACACAAAAAUUUCAUCAUUUCAGAUUCCUGAAAGUGUAACAGAGGUAGAUGGUGAUGUUUUUGGUGGUUGUCAAUUUGUAAAUUUAUCUCUUCAUCCAUCAAACAAAAACUUUCUUUUAGACAAUAAUGUUGUUUAUUCACUUGAUAAAGCAAUAAUUAUUUUAAUUGGUGACAAACAAUUUGAAACAUAUCAUUUUCCAAGUCAUGUUACAACAAUUGGAGCUUAUUGCUUUGAUUAUAAUUCUAAUAUUGUCACAGUUGUAAUCCCGAACACUAUUAAGAGAAUUGAAAACUCUGCUUUUUAUUGCUGUGAAAAAUUGGAAAAAUUCACAUUUUUGGGACCAGUUGAUUAUAUUGGAAGUUAUAACCUCAUAAGCUGUAGAAGUCUAAAAUUAGUUAUUUUUCCACCAUCUACAAUGAAAAUAACCUAUGAAUUUGUUACUAACGAUAAUCCAUUUUCCAUGCAAUUCACAUGUAAAAUCAUUUUUUAUCCAAAAACAAUUAAAGUUAAUGCAAAUAUCUCAAUCUCAGAUUAUGAAAAUACAAAUUUAAUCAUUAAUACUGAUUCAUUGAUCAUGGACUUUGACCAAACAACUAUUUUUGAAUUUUGGGGUGAUAACUAUCAAGAUCUUAAUGUUUUAAUUCCUAAAACUGUUACAAAAAUCAAAGAAAAUUCAUUUCAAAAUUCCAGUUUUACAAAACUCCAAAUUGAUUCAGAUUCGGAAUUACUCUCUAUUGGAAACAAUGCAUUUUAUAACUGCACAUCAUUACAAUCUAUCAUAUUCCCAUCCAAACUUACUUUUCUUGGAAAUUCAUCAUUCGAAAACUGCAUCCAAUUAGAAAAUGUUACAUUUCGAUCUUCUCAUAAUCUCACUAUUAUGAAAAAUUCAUUUAAAAAUUGCUCAAACUUAAAAAGCGUUUUCAAUAUGACAAAUGUUCCAGGAUUUUGCUUUUCAGGAUGUAAUAAGUUGUCAAAUAUUCUCUUUUUGGAUGGUGUUGAAUCAAUUGGAAGAAAUUCAUUUCAAGACUGUUCAUCUUUGACUUCUCUCAGUCUUCCUUCAUCUAUCAAAUCUAUAUCUGAUUACUCAUUUUGUAAUUGCAAAUCUCUUAGGACAAUAAUUAUUCCUUCAUCAUGUCAAUUAGAAAGUUUCCAACUUAAUUCAGUUAAAGGUUGUGAUUCACUUCAAAAUAUCAGUGACUUUCAAAGUAGUAAAUAUGAAUGCGCAUUGAAUACCAUCUAUUUCAGUGAGGAUGAAAAUAAGAAACAAUUGAUCUAUCACUUAAGUAAGUCAAUUGAUGAAGAAAUCAUCAUUAAAUGCGAUAUUAUCUGCAAAAACUCAUUUGUUGACUGUAACAAUGUUGUCAACAUCAGUCUUUUGCCUAAUGGUGUUUCAAUGAUCGAAAAAUCUUCAUUCUUUCGAUGUAUUAACUUGAAAUACAUCAAUUUUCCUUAUUCUGUUGAAACAGUUCAAUCUCAAUCAUUUAUUGAAUGCAACAGUCUCCGCUGUCCAGAAUUUGAGAACAAAACAGAUACCUAUCUUGAAAUGAUCAUUCUCUCUGGUUUCUCGAGAAAACGUCUGAAUUCAUGCCAUGUUAAAGGAGUUACAAAUGGACUUAAUCCCAUCAAAAAUUUCUUCUACCACAAGUUACAAAUGGACUUAAUCACAAUCAUUAUAAAUUGA